AUGGAAGACUUGGAAGACAGCAAAUUACAAGAAGCCGUUCGUUAUUUGGCAGAAGGUGAUAAAGCAACUGAAAAGAACUGGUUUAAAAAACCAGAAUGGGAUGUUGCUGGACAAAAUUAUGAAAAAGCUGGCUCUUGUUUCAAGGCGGCCCGGUCGUAUGAUCAAGCAAUUCAGGCUUACCAAAAAGCAUCUGAUGCUUUAUUUAAAUCUGAUCUAUUAUUCAUGUCGGCAAAGACUAUGGAAUCUGCUGCUACGAUAGCAGCCCUGCAACUAAAACAGCCUGAACGUGCUGCUGAAAUGUAUAAGAAAGCCAGCGACCUUUAUCUAACGCAUAUGGCCCCAGAUCGAGCUGGUGAAAUGUUGGAAAAAGGUGCAAGAGCUUUAGAGCCGGUUAAUGUUGACGAAGCAAUAGAAUUGUACAUUUCAGCAUGCUCUUUAUAUGAAUCUGAAGAACGUGAAAAGUUUGCAAUCGACACAUUUAGAAAGACAAUAUCAGUCAUGCUCAAAAACAAAAGAUAUGAAGCUGCUGUGGAUAUAUUACAUCGACUUAAUGCAAUAUAUCAAAGCAUCCCUAAUCAACAGGGUAUAAAUAAAACUUGUUUAAGCAUCAUCAUUACUUUACUUGCUGCGGAAGAUGAAGUCGAGGCUAAGAAACAAUUCCAAUUACAUGCAUUUGUUCAAUCUGAAGAGUCUGCUAUUGCAUCUGCUCUUCUAGAUGCAUUUGAACAAGGUGAUCAAGAACUUCUGUCCCAAAUUGUUCGUAAACAAACUGUCACUUAUUUGGAUAAUGAAAUAGCUAAACUGGCUAGAGGACUACAAGUUCCUG